AUGUUCACCGGAUACAAUACCAAAAAACGGGUCAACGAGCGUUACAAGAUUGUGGGUUUCAUCAGUAGCGGUACCUAUGGACGAGUCUACAAGGCCGAAGGCCGGAAUGGUCGCGCGGGAGAGUUUGCCAUCAAAAAGUUCAAGCCCGACAAAGAGGGCGAACUGCAAUACUCGGGCAUCUCGCAGUCGGCUAUCCGAGAAAUGGCCCUUUGUACCGAGCUAGCACAUCCCAAUGUGGUGCAUACUGUCGAGAUCAUCCUCGAAGACAAGUGUAUCUUCAUCGUCUUCGAGUAUGCUGAACAUGAUCUACUCCAAAUCAUCCAUCACCACAACCAACCCCAACGCCAGGCCAUUCCAGCGCGUACCAUCAAGUCCAUCCUUUUUCAGCUGCUGCAAGGCCUCCUCUACCUCCACCGGAACUGGGUCAUGCACCGUGAUUUGAAGCCUGCCAAUAUCAUGGUUACCAGCUCUGGCAAAGUCAAGAUUGGUGAUCUAGGUCUGGCUCGCCUUUUUUACAAGCCAUUGCAAUCCUUGUUCUCUGGCGAUAAGGUCGUCGUGACAAUCUGGUAUCGGGCACCUGAGCUUCUCCUUGGCAGCCGUCAUUAUACCCCAGCAGUCGACAUGUGGGCCGUCGGCUGCAUCUUUGCCGAAUUGCUGUCGCUGCGCCCGAUCUUCAAAGGGGAGGAGGCCAAGAUGGACAGCAAGAAGACGGUACCCUUUCAGCGCAACCAGAUGCAGAAGAUUGUGGAAAUCAUGGGCAUGCCCAGUAAGGAUCGCUGGCCACUUCUGACGGCCAUGCCAGAGUACACACAGCUGUCCUCUAUGAUGGCAGGCAACGCAUCCCGCUUCCCUCGUCCACAGAGCGGCGAUGGCCUUGAGCGAUGGUACCACCAGACGCUGAACAACAAUCAGUACCCCGUCGGCUCCGGGCCGGAUACCCCUGGACCAGAGGGACUAGCACUUUUGAAGGCUCUGCUUGAAUAUGAUCCGCAGAAACGACUGACGGCUGAGAAGGCAUUGGAGCACCCCUACUUCACUGCCCAUGGAAAAAUCUCGGACAAUUGCUUCGAGGAUUCGAAGAUCAAGUAUCCGGUUCGCAGAGUCAGCCAAGAAGACAAUGAUAUUCGCACAUCGAGUUUGCCUGGCACGAAGCGGAGUGGUUUACCGGACGAUUCCAUCCUUGGGCGACCUGCCAAACGUCUCAAAGAGGGAUGA